UGAACCCAACUCGAAGGUGUUUCCGGGUUUUCCUCGACGGCCAGUUUCCGGUUUAGCUUUCCCUCAGGAGGCGGUUGAGGCACAGGAGCUGACAAGGCGAGAGCCCCGCGAGGAAGUGUAGGCGCUUCUCGGCGACGGGGGUCGGUGGUGCUGAGGGGCGGCUGCCGCAGCAAUGGAGAAACUCCGGCGGGUGUUGAGCGGCCAGGACGACGAGGAGCAGGGGCUGACGUCGCAGGUGCUUGAUUCUUCAACUCUUAGUUUUAGUACUCGAGUCAAAUGGUUUGCUAUCUGCUUUGCAAGUGGCAUUGUGUGUUCCAUUCUUGGGACAGCAAUGCUUUGGCUCCCAGGCUCUGGCACAAAACUCUUUGCAGUGUUCUAUACCUUAGGAAAUAUUGCUGCAUUAGCCAGUACUUGCUUCUUGAUGGGCCCUAUGAAACAACUGAAAAAGAUGUUUGAACCAACAAGAUUAAUUGUGACAAUUGUUAUGCUGUUGUGUUUUAUCUGUACCCUAUGUGCUGUGUUCUGGUGGGGUAAGAAAGGGCUAGCUCUGCUCUUCUGCAUUCUGCAGUUCUUUGCAAUGACCUGGUACAGUCUGUCAUAUAUCCCUUAUGCAAGGGAUGCAGUGAUAAAAUGUUUCACGUCCUGCCUAGGUUAAAGUGAACUGAGAAGAAAUCUGCAAUAUUUUUGGAAGCCAACUACAUUUCUCCCAAGUUUACUUGGAUUGUUUCAGCACCUGAAAUGGUGAAAUCCACCUUCCACAAUAGAUUAGAUUGUGUUAGUAAAAUAAUAUUUUAAAAACACACAGCACUGGCAUAUCAGGAAACAAUUGUUUAAAUAUUUGUUCUUAAUCUCAAAACUAGAUCAAGGUAGUUUUUGGAUUUCAGGUAAAAUGCCUGUAAAUACUUUUGUCUAAAAUUUGCUAUUUAUCGUACCAUUUGUGCAUUAUUGUUACAUGCUUUUCCCAAAGAAUUUUAAAAUUAUUGUAAAAUGAAGUAUUUGCUAAAUUUAUAGCUAAUGUGGCUUUUUGAAAAGUUAAAGUAUGUGUUAGCCUGGAAAGACUGUAAAUGUGUAAUGCUGUUUUUAAAUGCUUGAACUUCUUGUUAAGCUUAUAUUUUAAAUGCCAAUUUUUUUGUACUGUGAUACUUAAAAUACACUUGACUAAAAGUGCUUAUGAGUAAUAUAUUAAAUCAUUGACUACAAAAUAAAUAUACUUUAAAAAUA